CGUUGGCCCCGCCCACUGCGUCCGGUAUAAAGCCGGAUGCUCGCAGUCAGUUUCCAACUCCUGGAAGGUCGCAGACCCAGCCAUCAUGUCCAAUAAGUCGUCCAUGGUUCUGGGGUACUGGGACAUCCGCGGGCUGGCUCACGCCAUCCGCAUGCUCCUGGAGUUCACGGAUACCAGCUAUGAGGAGAAACGGUACACUUGUGGGGAAGCUCCGGACUAUGAUCGAAGCCAAUGGCUGGAUGUGAAAUUCAAACUGGAUCUGGAUUUUCCUAAUCUGCCCUACCUUAUGGAUGGGAAGAACAAGCUCACCCAGAGCAAUGCCAUCUUGCGCUACAUCGCUCGCAAGCACAACAUGUGUGGUGACACUGAAGAAGAAAAGAUACGUGUGGACAUCAUGGAGAACCAGAUAAUGGAUUUCCGCAUGCAGCUGGCGCGACUCUGCUAUAACCCUGACCAUGAAAGCCUGAAGCCUCAGUACUUGGAACAACUCCCUGCACAACUGAAACAAUUCUCAUUGUUCCUGGGGAAAUUCUCAUGGUUUGCAGGGGAAAAGCUCACCUUUGUGGACUUUCUCACCUACGAUGUCUUGGACCAGAACCGUAUGUUUGAGCCCAAGUGCCUGGAUGAGUUCCCAAAUCUGAAGGCUUUCAUGUGCCGCUUUGAGGCUUUGGAGAAAAUCGCUGCAUUCCUGCAGUCUGACCACUUCUUGAAGAUGCCUGUCAAUAACAGGAUGGCCAAGUGGGGCAAUAAGUGUAUAUGCUGAGCCACAGACACUUGCACUGUUUUGUUUUGUUCUAUCUUGUCCCCAGGGGCCUGCAUUCUGACUUUUCUGCUCUUUCUAAUAAACGACACUUAUGUUAA